UCCCGACUCCCACUCUUCCAAAUCACCGCAAGUGACACCAUAAUCUCCAUCCCCUCUACGAGCACCCGAUCCCAGCUGCUCGCCCUGCUCCAUCUCCCAUGGCGACAGCAACUACAAGUCGGCCCAGCGGCCCGGUGCUGUCCAUACCCAGCUACCGCUCCGCCUCACCCACCCGCGUCAAGCUCGCCGGCGGCAACGGCGCCACCCGCUCGCCCGGCAAGUCUGUCAGCGUCUCGUCCCCGUCCUCCUCCACCAGGAGCCGGCGGUCCUGCAUGUGCUCCUCGACGAACCACCCGGGCUCGUUCCGGUGCAGCUUCCACAAGGAGCGCAAGCAGGCGUCCCCCGCCGGCAGCAGCAAGCCCGCAUCCCCGCCGUCCAUACGCAGCGCAUGCAGCCUGGGAUCGAAGCGCAUGGACAGCGGCCAGUGUGCCCGCAGGGCCCUCGCGCCGUCCCCCGCGGUGCAGCAGUCGCAGCACCGGAGGCGCGCGGGCGGGUUCCGCCCCAGGACGAGCAGGCUCUCCGCCAUGUCCACGGCCGGCGAGCGUCCCAGCGACAACUAACAGUAAACAAAUCAACGUCGACAUGCCAUAGCAAUAGUUGUACUAGUACAUACUGAUCUUCUGCAGAUGGAAUCGGUGGGGUUUAUGCCCAAUCCAAUCUUCUGCAAUACGGUGAAUUUAGCUAGCCCGUAGCUGUCCAUAGAGUGAGCUCGUUGUAAACUAACACCCUUGAUUUUGGAUAUUUACAUGAGUGACAAAUUGAGGCACAUA